CUUAGCUGGACUUAUCCGCGCUAUGCCUCUCGCCGAUGGAUCCGAGGCCUGCAUGACUUUGUUCCAGCAUUUACGCAAUGAUCAACUGUCCACGGAACAACGAAGAGCCACAUCGGAUGUUAUACAAAGUGUCUACGUGACGAUUGAUUUCCUCGCGGAGGACCCAUGACCGAGCUAUAUCGUUUGCGCGACAUUCAAGACUGGGAACUCGUGCAGGAUGCACUCACGACGGUCUACGCACAUGAUGACCCUGUAUCCACCAUCCAAAUCAUGACAACCGUCCUGGCCAUAUGCACGUUGUCCGUCAGAAACUGCCACACAUUGCCAGCCGAGCCGUCGAGGGGAGCUUACCUGGCCGACAUGCUCCACCGAUUCGACGAGCACUUGGCUACCCUCCGCCGCGAGGAGAUGCGAGACGCUGUGCAAGACCUCUCUCCCGCGGCCAUAUACAGACUCGAUUGGGUGUUGUGUCGCAUGUCCGCCUGGGACAUCUAUGGAUUCUUGAGUAUGACCGGUAUUUACCGGGAUGCCACGAUAUCGACAAAUCACAUCGCGCGGCGACUCCAGUGGCUGCUGGGAUGCAAUGAUUGGACGCCGCCAGGGACGGUCCAAGGGUUUCGCGUUCGCUUGCAAUUACACGUGGAGGGGACACAAUGGUGCCUAGAACAAGAUCAAGGGAUAGACCAGAAAAACUGGGACUCAGAAGGAUGGCUCGAAUGCGCUCCAGAUGAGCCCGAGAGCGAAGGCGAUCGACGCGCUGACUCCUCGCAGGCGGCUGGCCCAGGGCCUACAUCGGAAGCUGUGGACGAGCAGGACUCACCGGAGUCGCGCAUGGACAGUCUGAAGCGAUCUAUAACGCGUGUCAUCCGUGGUGUCUGGCGAAAAUUCAGAGGGACUGCAGCGCAGGAGCCCGACGUUGAGAUGCGAGCCGUGGACACUAGCCCGAGCGCAGCACCUGCAACGGACGCCGCACUGCCAGACAUCAGCGACGCCCCGCCGAUGACCGCUACGACGCUCGACGAAUCGCCGCAAGGGCAGAACGCGGAUCUGAUCGGGCAGACGCAGCCGCUAGAGGCCACCGAACCGCGCGCAGACGACUCGGGUGCCGCACGCGGAGUAGCUGAGCACGGCGCGGACGCGGACGCGGACGAAGGUCGUCAGGGCGGACUCGUAAGCGCGGCCGAGCACGCAGAUGAAGAUCAAGGCGGCGACGUGCGUCCGAGUCAGGAGGGAUUAACUGCACCAUACGACGCGCCUACGCAACUGUCCAAGUCGCACUGCGAGCCAUGCAGCCAGAGUCAGAACGAUGGCUGAUUCGGAGGACGGAGGAUGGUGGCAUCGACGUCACGGUGUACGUCGCGGACAGCAUGCAUCGACUUUUGACGAACCGUGACGGUGAUGGAUGAAUCUCUCG